GUAGGUGGGCGUGUUCGUCGUUGGAGUGACUUUCUUUAGCUCUAAACUUUCAACUUGGGCUUUCUUCAUGGUCUUGCUGCUUGACUGACUUACUGCACAAUAUUGAAGAGUUGCAAGGAGGCAUGGAGCUACUGGACAUAUCAAGAAGCCAUGAGGACAAUCCUGAUUUCAAAGAGGGGCUUGCAAAGCUUGAGGCCGUAACUGGUAAUCUUGAAAGAAAGCUAAAGCGACUGGUCACUUUAUGUCAGGAGCGUCAAGAGGCAGCAAAGAAAGAGAGAAAGCUCACACAAGAACUGGUGACUCAGUUUGAAGAGCUAGGAUCUAAUGAUCUUGACAGCACCUCCAGCACUGCGGCUUCAGUUGAAGUAAUCACGACAUCAUUGAGACAACUCAUUGACAACCAGGAGAGAAUGUUUGAGCAAAUCAAUAUUGGAAUCGUGAAGCCAUUGCAACACUUCCUCUCUCAAGAGCUGGAGGGCUUGAAGGUGUGCAGGAAGAACUAUAAGAAGGCCCACUCUGAAGCCUUACAAGCGACUGAUAGGUUUGGACAAUGCAAGAAGUACGAGAUGAACUUAAUGACUGAACUGGCCAGUGUCUUGUUUGAAGCUCGCUACAGCCUCCAUAAAGCAGCCUGUCACUACGCCAUGGAUCUCAACUUGCUCCAGUCCAAGAGAAUCCCUGACUUCCUACAAAGAAUUGUUGACUUCAUGACAACGCAGCUCUCGUACUUUCACUUGGGUCACGUGACAGUCAAAGACACGGAGCUGCACAUUACAACCCUCUACACCACCCUGGAGAGUCUUCGCAGCGAGGCCACCACUAGAGAUGCUGAGCAGAGGACUCAAGCCAGAGAGCUUUUGGAGAGAGUGGCUACCACCAGAGCACGACAUUUGUACCACCUGCAGACUCAGGAUCUGCAUAUUCCAGCAGACCAGGCCAAGGCCAGUAUCAGUCGAUUGCUGUCAAAGGUCACCUCUGAACCAUCGCUGGAGACCCUAUCAAUAGAACAAGAGCAGACGUCCAAAGAAACACUCACGAAACACGGUUAUAUGCACUAUGCUGAGCCUAAGACCUUUGGCACUACCUGGAUACGACUCUACUUCUCCAUACACAAGGGACAGCUGUUCUCUGAGGAGUCCAAAGUGAAGGUACCAAUCUCCCUGAGUCUCAACCUAUGCAGUGUCAAGCCUGCUGAAGCUGUGGACACAGAGCGUAACUUCUGCUUCAAAGUCAUCUCUCCUUUGCGCAGUUUGUUGUUGCAAGCUGAGAGCUCUGGUGAUAUGCAGGACUGGAUGAAUGUGCUCACCAACGGCAUAUCAGCAGCCCUCUUCAGUCAUAGGGACAGUGUGGGGAGUAUAGGAAGUAUAGGGAGUGCAGAGGGUGCAGAGGGUGACGUAUCACCACAUCCAGUGAAGCCACCUCGACCCAAGAAGAAGAGCUCCAUACUCAAAGAGAUCUAUUCAGUGCCUGGCAAUGAAGAGUGUGCUGACUGCAAGUCAGCAAAUCCUAAAUGGGCGAGUGUGAACCUCGGUGUGGUAGUAUGUAUUGAUUGCUCUGGAGUACAUCGCAGUCUGGGUGUGUAUGUGUCACAGGCACGCUCACUCACACUCGAUACCCUCAAGGCUGAGUGGGUACGACGCUUGAAGGAGAUUGGCAAUACUCGCUCUAACUCUGUGUACGAGGGCCAACUACCCGAGGACUUUGACAGAGCUCUGGUACGGAAGGGUGAUGAACGAAGGAAGUUUAUAACCGACAAGUACACUCACAUGCUAUACACCUCCGACAAAGAUAGGGAAAAGAUUCAACUAGAAAGACAAAGUGCUCGUAAUGAAAGUUUAAGAAAAUCAGGAGCUUCAGUUGUACCAGUGAAUGGUUCUGAGCCAAAGCAAGACGAAGUGGAAAAUGAUUGGGUGAAAGUGACAACUGUUGAGAAUGUGCCAGAGUUAAAGGACGGAUCAACAGAAGAGGUCACCGAAGAAACAAGCUCACAUGAUCAACCACAAGACACAGUUAUAGAACUGGCUCAAGUUGAACUCUCUGAGAGCACUGCAUAACUUUAUAAUUAAAUAACAGCUGGCUUAUUGAUUGCAUGCUAAUUAAUUUUGAAGUUAUAAAAUGACUUUUAAUAAUUUUGUAAUAUGAAAACAAGACAUACAUUGUAUACUGUAA